AUGGCGAGUCAGGAGACCCAGGGCAAGGCCAGGAGAGGCCCACGGCUCUCUGGGGCUCGCGAGCUCGAGCUACCGCCCACCUACAACCAUGACGGGCGGACCUACACGGCGGGCUUCGAGAUGCGUCCUCGCAGCCAUACGGUAGCGGUAGAAGCGAGUCGACGGCCGCUGAACCUGCCUAGCUCCCCGGGCCGGCAACCGGUCGUGGCCACGAUCAAGCCACGAUCGCAGACACACUAUCCGUCACCGUCCAGAGAUGGCGGAGAGCGUUAUAUCUUCCCUUCCUCGUCCCACGCACGGCACCGUCAGAAGCCCGCGGGAGGAGUAGGAGGAGAUACCGAUACGCUGCUAUCGCCUGGAGACCGUGAAACCAAGUAUAGGAAUGGUUACCUUACUCCCGCCAGUAGUAGCAAUGCUGGAUAUCCGAGUCCCGGCAAGGACAUCGACGUCCAUGACUCGUUCAGCUAUACCAAUGCCCGGGAACAGUUCUACAGGGACUCCGAUGCUAUUCGAGAAUCCCGUCGUCAGGCUCCGCCUGUGAGGAAGUCAAGACCCCUAAGCUUGACCGGCCUGGAGGCAUAUCUUCCGCAGAUCACUCGUGAGCCCAAGGCCAGUGGCCCUCCGCCAUCAUCGCGAGGGUUUGCGGGUACUGAAAAGGAAGACGGCCCCCGCAGCUACAAAGAGAUAAAGCCACGAGCCGCGGAUACUAAUAAUGCUCCAAUUUCAAUCCCGCGAACGGCUAAUAGCCCCAGACGGAGCAGCACCCACCGUACUCCUGUCUCGCUACACCAGGAGAAGAAACCCUCGUCUCCCGUCCCACGCCGUUCUGGGUACGACGAUGUUAGGGAUAAAGGAUACCAGAUACGGCGAGAUGCGAAUAACAUCGUGGUCGUCGAUGAUAAACUUGAACUCCCCCGUCGUGACCCUCGUCGCAGCAUUUCCGGUCAGCCUCCAACCCGUGAACGCGGAUAUUCUAAUCCCCGGGCCCCAGAGGGAAUGAUGAGCGGCGGUCUUGCAACUGCUGGUCUCGCAAGUGGCUAUUCUAAGGAGCCCAUAGAGAUAACGCCACGGUCAGACGCUCGGAACGGACGAGACAGGCUAGACAUACCCAGUCGGGCAGAGGAGAGGUAUAGGCCAGCACCAAAACAUUGGUCACAAGGAGCAGAUGAUGGCUAUCACUCGGAUGGAGACAGGGAGAAAUACAGAUACAAGCCUUCACCUCCCCGAGAACCAGAACGACGCCCGCGGGACCUCUCGCCAGUUGAUUCGGACAGCAAACGGUCAGGACUCUCCCCUCGUCAUGACAAUUUCGUAGAAAUAACACCGAGAGACCCCAACACUACUCCAUCGAAGAGAUCUCCACCCCCACAACCUUCUGGAACGAGCCCGGAAUCACAAACGCCCAAGGGAAUUCUCAAACAGCCUACCCAGAAAUUCCCCGAAGAGCCCCGCGCUGUCCGAGAGGGCGUCGCUCCUUUAAAGGACGCCCCGAAGAAAGGAGUGCCCACCGGCGCCCGCUGGACCAAGAUCGAUAGGCGGCUCGUCAGCCCGUCUGCUCUUGAAGGCCGUGAACGUUUCGAGGAACGACCAGACUAUGUCAUUGUAUUGCGUGUGCUAUCGAGGGAAGAGAUAGAGCAAUACGCAGUUGCAUCUGCUAAGAUACGAGCGGCUGCUCGCAACCGACGGAAUUCCGACCGUAGGUCUCGAGAUGAGGAUGAUAUUCGGAGUCGAAGACGCGAUAUCGACAGUGACGAUGACGAAGAUAGGGAAUCCCAGCUACGGAUUGAGCCGCCGCCAAAGGAUCCCAGACGAUAA